ACGAUGUGAAUACUCCACUUUUGGAAAAUUGCGAAACUUUUAAGUUAAGAAGUGACUUCAAGAGGGCUUCAACGCGAAGGUCCACUAAAGGUAGAAUUUUCAAAUCUUUAAAAAGCCGCAAGGCAAAAUAUGACAAUGCAAGUAGCAAAAUUAAUGAAUUCGAAAGUUCAGUUACCAAAUAUUCUUUAGAAGAUAAUAAUAAAUUUGUUAUCAUACAGGUUAGCAAGAAUAUGAUAUUUAACAGUGAAAAGAACUGCCAAAUAGAGAAAUUAUUUGGUAUGAGUUUAGAGACUCAUAUGGACGGAAAGACAUUAAUUGUUGCAAAUUUCUUAACAGAAGCUAAAGCAAUAUACAUUCCACGAGUCAAAACGGAUGAUGUUGAAAAUUUUCAAAGGCUGUACACUGUAAUCGGAGCAUGUCUAUACUAUUCUGGACACUUGUUAAGUUCACAUAUAUGUGAUGAGGACUUAGUAGAAAUUAAUGCGUAUUUAAAAUUUAACAGUAUAUUAAGGCUUAGCACUGAAAAGGAGUUGGACAAACUUGUUAUGUGGAAGGAAGUUUUUAUCAAAGAACAUAGAGGUCAGAAUAAAAACGACAGAAAUGAGAAUAAGCGAUAGGUGUAACAUCCCCAUCUCCAUUUUACGUGGAGGAAUGUGAAAGCUGUUUGGAACUGCUUUACGAAGUGGGACUGCAUAAAUAUUUGACU